AUGUUUGAUUGGAAAGAAUACAUUGAGACUGUUCUGAACGACAGUACCAUUGAGGACAUCGCAAUCGUGGGAUGCACACCAAAGAACAAGAUAGUUUGGGCUUGCAAACCUGACGGGGUACUUGGCAAUGUGACAUCUGUGGAAGUGGAAGUGAUCAUCGACAAGGACAGGAAGUCAAUUCUCCAAAAUGGAAUCACCAUUGGUGGAAAGAAAUAUUCUGUUAUCAGAGACAACAUGAUGCUAGAAAAAGAUCCAUCAAUGGAUAUCAGAACACUUGGUGAUGAGGGGAAGAGUAUCUGUAUUGGGAAAUCAUCCAAAGCAUUGGUGUUCUUGAUGGGUCACAAAGGAGUUCACGGAGGGGUUUUGAACAAGAAGAUGCAUGAUAUGGUUGAUUUCUUAAAUAAAAAUGGCAGUAUCUGAUUAC